GUCCCUGCCAUCUCCCUGGCCUAUGAACAAGCUGAAAGUGACAUCAUGAAGAGGCAGCCUAGAAAUGCCCAAACAGACAAGCUGGUGAAUGAGAGACUCAUCAGUAUGGCCUAUGGGCAAAUUGGUAUGAUGCAGGCCUUAGGUGGCUUUUUCACUUAUUUUGUCAUCCUGUCUGAGAAUGGAUUCCUCCCCAAAGACCUGGUGGGAAUCAGAGUGUUCUGGGAUAACAGAUAUCUAAAUGACCUGGAAGACAGCUAUGGACAGGAGUGGACGUACGAGCGCAGAAAGAUCGUUGAGUUUACCUGCCACACAGCUUUCUUCACAAGUAUUGUGAUCGUCCAGGUGGCCGAUCUGCUCAUCUGUAAAACCAGGACCAACUCCAUUGUGAAACAAGGAAUGAAGAACUACGUUCUCAUCUUUGGCAUCUUUGAGGAGAUGGCUCUGGCUGCCUUCCUGUCAUACUGCCCAGGCAUGGACAUUGCCAUCAGAAUGUACCCUAUGAAGUGA